AAAAUAAAAGCUUGCGGGAGGUUUCGGCUGAUUGCAGACGCGUGAGGCAUGCUGGGCUGGAAGGAGGAAGUGCAGUGGGGAGGAGGGGAGGGACCGCGCAUCCCCAGCGCCGCCGCGCCGCCUCGGACUGCGCCACAUGGAGCGGUGCGCGCCUGGAACAGCUUCAUACUGCACCCGAGCCGAGGACUAACAGAGUACCUGCACAGGAUGGAGACCGAAGAGGCACAGGAAAUGUCCCAAAUAGCAGGGAGGGACAGCCCCACUACUAACGAGGGGGCAGAAGAGCAAGAGGAGGCCAUGCCUGUCCCAGAGGACCUGUCUACCAGCACAGGUCUCCAGCAGAACAAUCGCACUGACAAACCAACAGCCUGCAAUAUAAAAGUUGAGGCUCGGAGUGAUGAGGAGAACGGGCUGGCUGCUGAGAUGAAUGGCGAGGAAGAGGAGUGUGUGGCCGAGGACUUGCGCAUGCUCGAUGGCUCAGGGGCCAAAGUGAACGGCUCCCACGCAGGCCCAGACAGCAAGCCAGCGCCCUCCUACCCUAUGGCCGGGGGCAUCCGCCUCCCCAAUGGGAAGCUCAAGUGCGAUAUCUGUGGAAUAGUUUGCAUUGGGCCCAAUGUGCUGAUGGUGCACAAGCGAAGCCACACUGGUGAAAGACCCUUCCAGUGCAGUCAGUGUGGUGCUUCCUUCACUCAGAAGGGCAACCUGCUACGCCACAUCAAACUUCACUCUGGAGAAAAACCCUUCAAGUGUCACCUAUGUAACUAUGCCUGCCGCCGAAGAGACGCCCUUACCGGACACCUUCGCACACACUCUGUUGGAAAGCCCCACAAGUGUGCGUACUGUGGACGCAGCUACAAACAGCGAAGCUCGUUGGAGGAGCACAAAGAGCGAUGCCACAACUACCUGCAGUGCAUGGGCCUUCAGAACAGCAUCUACCCAGUGAAGGAAGAGAACAGCCAGAGUGAGCAGAGGGAAGACUUAAACCUGGCUGCGUCUGAGAGAGCCUUGGUGCUAGACAGAAUAGCAAACAAUGUAGCUAAGCGUAAGAGCUCUAUGCCACAGAAGUUUAUAGGUGAGAAGCGCUUCUCUGAGCUCUCAUUUGAGAGCAGCUCAGGUGAGAUGAUGCAGCCAUCGGCAGUGAUUGACCAGGCUAUCAACAGCGCCAUAAGCUACCUGGGAGCUGAGGCUCUGCGGCCGCUGGUUCAGACCCCACCAGGCUCCACUAGUGAUAUGGUUGUCAGCCCCAUCUACAACCUACACAAGGCCCAAUCGGCUGAGAGCAACGGCUUGUCAGCUAAAGAUAGCGCAGCCGAGAACUUGCUCCUGCUUUCGAAGUCUAAAUCUGCAUUGAGCGAGAAAGACGGCUCACCCAGUCACAGUGGCCAGGACUCCACUGACACCGAGAGCAACAACGAGGAACGGGCAUCUGGGGGAGGAGGGCCGGCGGCAAGUGGUCUCAUCUAUCUUACCAAUCAUAUGGCCCCGGGAGCACGAAACGGAGCUUUGCCCCUGGUGAAGGAGGAGCAGAGGCACUAUGAGUCUCUGCGGGCGGUGGGAAUGGAGUUGGGCAUGGCAGUGGCUACAGAGGGCUUUAAAGUGCUAAGUGCUGAGGGUGAGGAAGUGAGGGCGUAUCGCUGCGUCCACUGCAGGGUGCUCUUCCUGGACCAUGUCAUGUAUACCAUUCACAUGGGAUGCCAUGGCUUCCGAGACCCCUUCGAAUGCAACCUAUGUGGCUACCGCAGUCAGGACCGCUACGAGUUCUCCUCACACAUCACACGUGGAGAACACCGCUACUGAGUGCACACACACACACAAACCUUAUGCAUAUAUAAAUACCAGCAUCCCAACACAGAUACACAGUCAUCAAAUAGACAACAUAUGUAUAAUUGUUUUUUUAAUGCAUUGUCUGAACACUGUGUGCAUGCUGAAAGGGUCGAUUAUUAAUUUAAGAUAAACUGGUAUCAUGUAGACAGAUGUAAAUAUAAUUCAUUGCCAUGUCUAUUUUUCUACAACUGUGUUAGUUACUGAUAAAUAUAAGAAAAUACUUUAAAAAAAAAGCAAACAAACAAAAAAAAAACACAAGCUGUACUGAACAAUGGAAACGGAAAUCGAGGCAAGACAUUAAAUUGUUUUCAGGAAAAAUCUCCAAAUAUUUUUUUCCUGGAUUCACAGCAUAAAUUAACCCUGUUUUGGGAGCAGGAUUCAAUUUAUGUAAAAGACUAAAUUAUAUUUGCAGACAAUCUUGAAAAACCAAGCAACUUUUCAGGAGAAUCCUCUCUUUCUCACUAGUUGGCUUAAUAAUAACUUGUGUCACAUUGUUUAUGAACUAGAACUCACCUACUCUUCUUGUAUAUGUAAAUAUACAGAUUGUUAAAACCAAUUAAAAUACAGUUUUAAGUGUUGCAUUUGAGGUUGAAGUUAUAUGGCAAUAACGAUUGUAGCCACCAUCAAUCAAAAGUUUGGACACACUAUAUAUAUAUUUGUCAUUGUCUUAAAAACCAUUUGAUACAGCUGCUGAAAUUUGUUUCUAAAACAAACGUAAAUAAUGAAGUUCAUGACCAUGUACAAUGUUUGUAUUAAUACAAGUAGCUGUUUUUUUCCAUUUAGGAGAAGCAGUUGAUACAACCUCGAUCUGUGUGAGAGGUUUAAGAAAAGCUUCCUGGUGUCAUGAAGUUGGUUAAGAAAAUUCCAAGAAUCUGCAAAGCUUCGUCAGGAGUACUACUACGAAGCUGAAAUCGAAAAUAGUUUUGAUAUGUUUAACGUUUUUAAAUGUUUUAAAUGUGUAAUAUUCCAGUGUUAAUGUUUUCAUUAUUAUUCUAAAAUAGCAGAAAAUAAUAAAAAUGAAGAAAACCAUUCUAUGAGCUGGUGUGUCCAAACGUUUGACUGGCAGUGUACUUCUUGUAUCAGCAGUAUUGAGAACUUAACACUUCUCAAACCGAGAACUUUACUCCCCUUCCUGUCUGUAUUAUGAGCAAGUUUUUGGUCCGUUGUAUUUCUUUUUUUAUCUUCAUGUUUUUUUAUUUUAUAUUAUUAUUUAACUUUAGAUUUUCACAGGAUUGGACGCAUACAUAUAUUAGCAUCAGUAAUGCUAAAACAUGCUUGCAAAAUAUCAAUAAAAAAGAAAUUACAUUCAA